AUGGAGGAAACUCCAGACAGUGGUUUGGCUGAAGAAAUUCAAAGAUCUCAAAUUGACCUAGGUGCAUUUACUUGGGGCCCUGAUGCUAGUACAGACAGUGUCAGCUGGGAAAUCACCCAAGGCAGGUCUCAGGAAGACUCUGCAUAUCUCUCUGAAGCAGAUCAGAGCAUGAGACUUUCAACUGGAGACCUUUCUUCUGCUCACUGGCCCACUGUAGCUGAGCCCGGUGAGGAUAUCCUGGGGCCAGCCUCACCAGGUGGAGAGGAACAGCUGCCCCCAAAGCCUGAGACUCAGGCUGGAUUUGCCACAGUUGCAAUGGAGUUGGAGCAGCCUUAUGAAUCUUCACUUGAGCCAGAGAUGCCAGUCAUGGAAACUGGUGGCCUGUUGAAAGAAAAUCAUGAAGAAUUUAAAAAGGCAGAAGAAGAGGAAAAGAAGCAGAAGAUAGAAGAUUCUGUGUGGGCAGGUGUGGAGGCAUGUGAAAAGGUAGACAUUAGAGCUAUUGAUAUCAAGGCACUAGAAAGUACAGAGGAAUUUGAGGAGAAAGCUUGUGAAAACAGAGGGAACAGGGUAGUAGAUCUUUCUGAGACAACAGAAAAGCAAGACAAAGGGAUCUUAAAAAUAAUUGAAAAUAACAGAGACCAAGGACUAGAUGAUAGGGUUCCAGUAGUAAAUAAUUGUGAAAUUAUAGAAGGCUCUGGAGCUAAACCUGCCAGUCACACAGACGUCUUGAAUCUGCCUCUCCAGACUGACUCUGUCUCUGAUAUUAAAGAUACUGGCCCUGAGGGAUGGACUUUAGCUAGAAAAGACAUAAAGAAAAAUUUAAUAGACCCUCCUAACCAUGAUACAAUAUAUCACGCAGCUCAGGGCGGUGCCGAUACUGAAGAAAUUCAGUAUGAGUCAGUGUUAUAUGCUCCUGGAGGUGGCAGCGAUGAAAAUCAGGCUGUUGUUUUAUCAGUAAAACGUGAAAUGGCAGCUCUGUCUAGGACUGACCUUAAUUCUUCUCUUGGAACUAGUGCAAACAGACAAGCGUGGUGUUCCUAUAAGGCAAAAGAUUCAUUAGUAGAGUGGUCUGAAAGUACAGUGACUGGGAACUGUAGUCAUACCAUUAACUUGCCAGGACUUGCAGAGACAGACUCUUGGGGAAAAGAUCCAGAUCUUAGCUGGCAGCAAAGCUUGGAUACAGCAAUGAAUAGUAAGCACAAAUUCAGGGUCUCUGGUCUACCAGAUGGCCAAGCCAGUAGAUUUACCAGUUGCUCAGAUUCUAUUAACCACUCGUCUAUCAGAGAUAUAGGAAGCUUAGAUAACUGCUGGGAACAUUUUUUUUUUUUUUUUUUUUCAGAUUCUAUUAACCACUCGUCUAUCAGAGAUAUAGGAAGCUUAGAUAACUGCUGGGAACAUUUAGACAUAGUUGAGAACAAGAAAGAGCUGGAGGUAGACUUAAUAGCAGCUGUAUAUGGGGAGCAAGCCAUUUCUAGUUGCUGGGAACAAGGCUGA